AGAGCAAGCGCCUGUCUGCCUUUACUAUAUAAAGCAGUCGAGACAUAAACUCACAGACAUUCGCCGUAAGAGGACCAUGAGAGCAGCAGCCAUCCCCACACCAACGCUGGACAAAAUGCCAGGAAUGAUCUUCUCUGCUAAUCCAAAGGGCUUGAAAGAAACCAGUCAUUCACAUCUAGAGGAGAAAACUCAAAGAAGAAGACCAAGGGCUUUUGGAAUGGACAUGAAAGCAUACUUGAGAUCUAUGAUACCACAUCUUGAAUCUGGAAUUAAAUCUUCCAAGUCCAAAGACAUACUUUCUGCUGAUGAAGUAAUUCAAUGGUCCCACUCUCUGGAAAAACUCCUUGCAAACCAAAUUGGUAAAGAUGUCUUUGGAAAUUUUCUAAAGACUGAGUUCAGUGAAGAGAAUAUCGAGUUCUGGCUGGCUUGCGAAGAUUACAAGAAAACGGAGUCUGAUCUUUUGUAUUGCAAGGCACAGAAGAUAUACAAAGCAUUUGUGCAUUCAGAUGCAGCUAAGCAAAUCAAUAUUGACUUUCGGACUCGAGAAUCUACAGCUAAGAAGAUGAAGGCACCAACCCCCACAUCUUUUGAUGAAGCCCAGAAAAUCAUAUUUACUCUCAUGGAGAAGGACUCUUACCCCAGGUUCCUGAAAUCAGCUAUUUACAUAAAUCUCCUAAAUGACCUUCAGGCUAAUAACCUUAAGUGAGUUCCUAGAUGAGGGAAAUUUAAAAGAUGGUGUCAAGGGUAAGACAUAUGACCAAGUUGCUGCCUGGGUGAACACCUUGGCAUGUUUGGGUGAUUCCACAAGCCCAGCAAAAGAAUAAAUGGGUCAGAAUGAUAAGACAUGGUGCUUCCAGUCAGACUUGAAGAAGCAUAAGCAAGACAAACAUGGAGACUGAAGAUGAAGGAGGAGCUAUAGGACUCACAUCAAAUGGAGUAGACCUCGCCAUGAGAAACUGACUAUACGAAACUAUAGAAAACUUCCAAGACAGAUUACGACAUGCUAUAAGCUUUCAUUUCCACAGACCUCAUGUUGCUUAUUAUAAAGACUGUAUUAAACUCCUGAAAUCCCCUUAACUUAUGUGGUUCAGAUCACCACUGUUCUUAGCACAUGCUGUUUUAAGUGAGUGUGUUUGGCUUAGAAGUAGUGAAGAGAACAGUGGGUGUAAUCUGAGCUACUGCUCUUGAAAUUGGAAAUCAGAAUAUAUUUGUACAUUAAGUUAUCACAGUGGCAAUAAUGUGACUUUUGUAUUAAAAUAUAAAGAAACUA